AGCUGCUGGUUAGCUGCCUAGCCGGGUGGCUAUCAGUGCUAACAACUGUGGUGUGACACGUGUGUGGUUUUAUUUACUCUUUUUGACUGUGUAGCUGUGACCCACUUGUUCUGUCACAAUGGGGAUCCUGGAGAAAAUUGCGGAAAUAGAGAAAGAAAUUGCCCGGACACAGAAAAACAAAGCCACUGAGUACCAUUUGGGUUUGCUGAAGGCAAAGCUAGCCAAAUACAGAGCUCAGCUCCUGGAGCCCUCAAAGUCAGCAGGGGCCAAAGGUGAGGGCUUCGAUGUCAUGAAAUCAGGAGAUGCCCGUGUUGCUCUUAUCGGUUUCCCUUCCGUGGGUAAGUCCACCUUCCUCAGUUUGAUGACAUCAACAGCCAGUGAAGCAGCGUCGUACGAGUUCACCACACUCACCUGCAUACCUGGUGUCAUAGAGUACAAAGGGGCCAAUAUCCAAUUGUUAGAUCUGCCGGGAAUCAUUGAGGGUGCUGCCCAAGGUAAGGGUAGAGGUCGGCAAGUCAUAGCAGUUGCCAGGACGGCAGAUGUUGUCAUCAUGAUGUUGGACGCCACCAAAGGAGACGUUCAGAGAGAACUUCUAGAAAAAGAGUUGGAGUCAGUAGGCAUUAGGCUCAACAGGACAAAACCAAACAUUUAUUUCAAGCCAAAGAAAGGUGGCGGCCUUUCCUACAACUCUACAGUUCCUCUCACCCAGUGCUCAGAGAAACUCGUCCAGCUCAUCCUUCAUGAAUACAAAAUCUUUAAUGCAGAAGUUCUCUUCAGGGAGGACAGCACGCCAGACGAGUUCAUUGACGUCAUCGUUGGGAACAGAGUCUACAUGCCUUGUCUAUAUGUGUACAACAAGGUGGAUCAAAUCUCCAUCGAGGAAGUGGACCGCCUGGCUCACAGACCUAACAGUGUCGUUAUCAGUUGUGGCAUGAAGCUGAACCUGGAUUACCUCCUGGAAACACUGUGGGAAUACCUGGCACUGAUUUGCAUUUAUACUAAGAAAAGAGGAGAGCGGCCAGACUUUGGUGACCCCAUCAUUAUGAGAAGAGGAGCAAGUGUAGAACAUGUGUGCCAUCGAAUCCACAGAACCUUAGCCAGCCAGUUUAAAUACGCCCUGGUUUGGGGUACCAGUACCAAGUACAGUCCUCAGAGGGUCGGCCUGACGCACAUCAUGGAGCACGAGGACGUCAUCCAGAUUGUAAAGAAGUAAAGCAAACUUCUGACAGGACAAAGACAGAAAUUAAUUACUAUGGAAAUGAACCCUCUGUACAAUAGAAACACAGCAAUGAAAAAUAGCAGCCAUUCUUAUUUUGUAUAUGAAAAUCAUCAAAACACAUUUAAGAUCAGAUUUGAGUUGGUUGUGAGCUUGAAACCCGUAUUUUAUCUUUGGAUCAAGAUAAAAAAAAAAGUUGAACUGAUUCUGACAGAAAUGGGAAAAAAAGAAUAAAGUUCAUAAAAAUA